UUUGCCGUAAAACUAAAUCAUACCAUCACAAUGAAGAUGUCUAUAUUUGGUGAACUUAACACGUUUGAGUUGCUCGUCCUGAGCAGCUUAUUGCCAGGCGUCUUCGUGUUCCUGUGGACAUUAAUAACCGGGGAUAUUAAGAACUUUAAGGGAAGCAAGCUGGCCUACUCAGAAUUCACCGCGCAGGAUCCUAUUAACUGCUACCAGAAUUACGGCGAAAAGAAAGAUAAGGAUUCUUAAGUCGAUUGAUGCAAUUGAUGAUGGUCAUCAAAGAUAACUAAAUAUAUAAUGUUUUAAAAUUGUAAAAAUAUAUUGCGGAUCUGGCAAUAGAAAUAAAGUCAGAUUGAACCAGA